AUGGAGGUAACACAGUUUUAUCUGCACCUCCCUAGCAAUAGCAGCCUCGAUAAAUUUCCUCAUAACACAUUAACAGAGUACCGAGUUAGUUUACCACAAACCCUAAACCUUACAGGCGAAUGGGAAGUGGCUUUGACCGAGAUCCAUUAUCCGCAUAGCUGGAAUAAUAUUCAACGGUUUCGAUUUUACGUUCGAAAUGAAAAACUCCACGGUGUUUGGGACUCCCUGGAGAUGCUUUCGGGUCAUUAUUCUUCCAUUGAAGAUAUCUUAUCAAAGAUGAAAGAGUUAGUGGAUAAUGAAAAUCGGUAUACAGAUGAUGUACGGUUUUCAUACGAUAAUCUCAGCAGAAAGGUUACGGUUCAUUUGAAAAACAACGCAGAAGUCUCGUUAAAUGAUAUGGCCUAUAUGCUGGGGUUCACUCCCGAACAAACUAUUUCAAAGACCACCACGGGCGACAGACAAGUGGAUUUGGAAUACGGUUUUCACGAUCUUUUCGUUUACUGUGAUCUUAUUCAGUCACAAUAUGUUGGUGAUGCACUGGUCCCUUUGCUUCGAAUUGUUCCUGUAGAAGGAGAGGUCGGUCAGCGAGUCAGUAAAUCGUUUGUGCGCCCUCAAUAUUUACCUGUCAGCAGAAAGCAAUUUGAAACCAUCGAAGUCAAUAUAAAGCGAGACACAGGGGAAUCUGUGCCAUUUGAGUUUGGAAGAGUGUUGUUAACACUUCAUUUUCGUCAGAGUCAACCUCAGUACUUUUAAAAAUGAAAAAACUCCACGCCCCAAAUCAUAAGUUUUACGAACAGUACUAUGUAGAUCAAGCCAAGCAAAAAGGUGGAAAUUUAACAGCAUUUGACGGAGCUCGAUUUCAGCGAGGUUAUGGCUUAGGAUCCAUAUUUAAAGGUCUGUUCCGCUGGGCGAUACCUCACCUGCAACAAGGUGCUAAGGUGAUUGGAAAAAAAGCUUUACAAACGGGUGUCAAUGUUGCCCAAGAUGUGCUUGGCGGAGAUAACAUUAAAACAGCAAUCAGCAAACAGGCUAAACAAGCUAUAGGUAACAUGACGUCCCAGAAGUCACAGCAAGGACAGUCAGGUGCAGGCAAAAAAGCUAUAAAAAGGAAAGCGCAAGGCUCAACAAUCAGUUCGCCUCCAGGAAAGAAAGCAAAAACAUCUCCACAGCAGAAGAAAUCGAAAACCAUUUUUGAUAAAGAAUAGAAUGGCCUUCGUUCAUCACGAGUCUCGCGAGUGUACUAAAUCAGAGCUGGAUCUUUUUACUAUUCCUGCUACACAAACCUCUAUUCACAAAGGGCAAUGGAUUGAAUAUCAUCCUCUCAGCAACAUCACGGACACUGGUCCUAUUGAAUUUAACGUAUCUGGAACCGGAGAAGAAUAUUUAGAUUUAGCGCGGACACAACUUUAUGUGAAAGCUAAGAUCACGAAAGCAAACGGAACCGCGUUAGAUGCCGAUACACAAGUGGGUCCCGUGAACCUGUUUCUACAUUCCCUGUUUUCACAAGUAGACGUUUCCUUGAAUGAGCGACUUAUAUCUGCAUCCACUAAUACUUACCCUUAUCGCGCCAUGUUCGAGUCUUUGCUGAACUACGGAGAAGAAGCUAAAACAAGUCAACUUUCUAUGGCCAUGUUUUACAAAGAUACUGCUGGAAAGAUGAAUGUGGUGAACCCCUUGGCUGCAGACGAUGAAGCAAACCUUGGAUUAAAGGCUCGCUAUGAGUUUACCAAAGAGAGUCAUACGGUGGAUAUGAUGGGACCCAUUCACAGUGAUAUAUUCUUUCAAGACCGGUUGAUGCUCAAUGGAGUUAAUUUAAGAAUCAAACUGAACCGAGCCAAGAAUGUGUUUUGUCUUGUGUCCUCAGCAGCCGGAGCUAAUUUCAAAGUGGUUAUCACAGAAGCCAUCUUGUUUGUACGCAGAGUCAAGGUUGCCUCUUCUAUCAUUCUAGGCCAUGCAGCUGGGCUAAAACACUCCAGCGCCAAGUACCCCAUUCGCAGAAUCGACUGUAAAGUGCUCUCUAUUCCAAGAGGAUUUAGAAGUUUUAACCCUGACAACAUCUUUUUGGGUCAAAUUCCCAAGCGCAUAGUAUUGGGAUUAGUGGACACAGAGGCUUACAAUGGGAGUUACCGUACCAACCCCUUCAACUUCAAUCACCACAAUUUAACUCAAGUGGGUGUGUACGUGGACGGAGAACAAAUCCCCCGAAAACCUUUGUUCCUGAAGUUUGACGCCGCUGGUGGUCAAAAUGUGAUAGCCGGCUAUCAAAGUCUUUUCUCUGGUAUUGGAAAGCUUUCCCAGGAUACGGGCAAUCAGAUAAAUAGAAGUGAUUACGGCUCCGGUUAUACCUUAUUCGCAUUUGAUUUGACCCCAGAUCACUGCCCGGGAGAUCAUUUUGAGCUCAUAAAACAAGGAAACCUGCGCCUGGAGCUUCAUUUCUCGGAAGCACUCGCCAACACGGUCAACCUUAUCGUCUACGCUGAAUUUCAAAACGUGAUUGAGGUCGACGCAAACCGAAACGUUCUCUACGACUACACAAACUAG